UAAAUUUAAUUUUUACAUAUUUGUGAGUGGGUUGCUUGGAUAGCUCCUAGCGUAGAAAAAUAUUUAGCUUUGCUGAAGAAUAUAUAAGUUUCCCUUAAUCGCAAGUAUUGUGCUUAAGCCAUAUAUUGAUAUAAUGAGUUUAUUCGAAGGAGAACAUUUAUUUGACUGAUUUUUUUAUGGUGGGGUAUAAUGGAAAAGAAGUUAGAUUGAGAGUAUAAGGUUUAAUGAAGUAUUUACAAAAAUAAUCGUGCAGAACAAUAAAAUAUUUAUUAUAGACCUGAUUUGGAGAUGUAAUAAUGUUGUUAAAAAAACUUAGCAGUUAAAAAAUAGAAUAAUGCGAGUUAGAAAAAUAUAUGCUCACAUAAAAGAGAAAAAAGCUUUUUUACAUGCCUGUGUUGCAGUAAUAAAGUUCUUUUCAUAAACGUGACAAAAAUUGGCUUUGUGUUAGCAGGAAAAUAUUAAAAAAUGUUGUACCCUAACGAGAUCAAAAAAAUCGAGCCUUCUUUUUUGCUAAAUCUUGUAUUUCAAAUAUACACAUUAAUUAUUCAACAGUCGAUAAUUUCACACAAAUUUACAAUAUCUUAAAACCAUAAUGUUCCGAAUGUUGGAGAACUUAAAAAAACAAAACAAGAGAAAAAAUACAUGGAUAAAAACUUGUGUGCGUUUCUAAUAUACAGUUGUUGUGAGGACUUUCCCAAAGAUCGGCUAAUUAUUUUGGAUUUUAAAUAAAAAUUUUGAUCAGGGAAGUUAAUAGACUGAUGCAUGAUUUCUGUUUUCCGAAAAAAUUUUAUCGUUGGACCUUUCGUAUUGUGGAAUAAAUAAGCAGAAAUAUCUCACAGAAUGGGUUGAGUUUACCCUGUUGUGACAAAAAAAAAUGUUUAUGCGCACGUAUUUUCUUUAGACAAAAGAAGUGGAAUCGUCUUGAUGAAGAAAAAUAAUUCACGUUGACAUGGCGGAGAUAAUUUUCUAUUUUUUAUCUCUUACAUCUAUCUUCAAAAUCAGUUGGCAAAGUUCUGUUCAAUACCGCAACGCAACUUCAAAUGUGCCAGGGAAAUUACAUAGCAACAAUGUUACUAUGGAUGCAACUCAUUGUUCUUCCAACAUAGCAGCUUGUCAUGGUUACAUAAAAAAGAUGAUGGUCUUUUACAAAAGCACCGGUGGAUGGAUCAUGUUAGCCAUAGUUUUGUUGGGAAUCAGUUGUCUUGUUAUUUCGUACGUGCGAGGGAACCUUUUAAAGAGACGAUAUUACAAAAGCGCUAAUAAGAAGGUAUUAUGGUCUUUUCAAAACAGAAAUCCAUAUGAACGUAAGAUACUUAAAAGUGAUAAAUUACAAAAUACAACGGCCUCACCUGCUCCUACAUGCAAAUCUCUUUUCAAAAUAAGAAGUGUACAGCUGGUUUGACCGUUACUUAUCCGUGUACUUAUUUUUUUGUUUAUUUGUUUGUUUAUUUUUUUGUUUGUUUGUUUAUUUUAUCCAAUAAAAUUGUAGAAGCGAUUA